AUGCUCAAACCAGAGAAACUAGCAUCCUCCCUUUCCCGCCAAUUCCAAUCACUCAAACCACGACGGGAUCUCGUCGGAGACCUUCUCCUCCUGCUAAAAAAAUGCGUCUCCGUGAACCAACUCCGACAGAUCCAAGCCCAGAUGCUACUAAACUCCAUCAACAAACCAAAUUUCCUAAUCCCCAAAACCGUCGAGCUCGGAGACUUCACUCACGCCUCUCUCCUCUUCUCCACAACCCAACAACCAAACCACUACUCCUUCAACUUCAUGAUCCGUGGAUUAACCAACACGUGGCACGAUCAUAACGCCGCUCUCUCGUUAUACCGCCGCAUGAAGUUUUCUAAUUUAAAACCGGACAACUUCACUUACAAUUUCGUUUUCGUCGCGUGUGGGAAUCUAACGGAGAUUAGAGUCGGUAGAUCUGUUCAUUCUUCGGUGUUCAAAGUCGGGUUAGAAAGAGACGAUCAUGUGAAUCAUUCGUUGAUCGGUAUGUACGCGAAGUGUGGGUUUGUUGAGUGUGCACGGAAGGUGUUCGACGAAAUUACUGAGAAGGAUUUGGUGUCGUGGAACUCGAUGAUUGCUGGGUGUUGUCUUGCGGGUAAAGGGGGAGAGGCUGUGGGUUUGUUUAGGAGGAUGGUGGAGGAAGGUGUUGAGAUGGAUGAGAGGACGUUGGUGAGUGUGUUGGGUGCUUGUGCAUGUUUGGGUGAUUUGGAAACUGGUGGGUUGGUGGAGGAGAUAGCGAGGAGGAAGAAGAUUGGUUUAAGUGUGUUUCUUGGGCCUAAGUUGAUUAGUAUGUAUGGCAAAUGUGGAGAUUUGGAUGCGGCGAGAAGGGUUUUUAAUCAGAUGGUUAAGAAGGAGCGUGUUGCUUGGAAUGCUAUGAUUACUGUGUACUCGCAGAAUGGGAGGUCAAUGGAAGCUAUUAAGCUGUUUCGUGAGAUGGAAGAUUCAAGAGUUUCUCCGGAUGCUGUUACAUUGUCUACGGUGCUGUCUGCUUGUGGUUCAGUUGGAGCUCUUGAGUUAGGGAAAAGGAUUGAGUCAUAUGCGAUAGAAACAGGUUUGCAGCAUAACAUCUAUGUGGCUACAGGAUUAGUCGAUAUGUACGGGAAGUGUGGAAGCAUAGCGGAAGCUCUUAGAGUGUUUGAAUCCAUGCCGGUGAAAAACGAAGCCACUUGGAACGCUAUGAUCUCUACCUACGCGCAUCAUGGACACGCUCAAGAAGCUCUUUUACUGUUUGAUCAAAUGUCAGUUCCUCCAAGUGAUGUUACAUUCGUGGGAGUGCUCUCUGCUUGUGUGCACGCGGGUUUGGUCGAUGAGGGGCGUAGGUAUUUCAAUGAAAUGAGUUCUUCGUUCGGGUUGGUCCCGAAGAUCGAGCAUUACACAAACGUGAUCGAUCUCCUGUCUCGUGCGGGGAUGUUAAACGAGGCGUGGGAGUUCAUGGAGAAGUUUCCUGGGAAGCCAGAUGAGAUCAUGUUGGGAGCGAUUCUUGGAGCAUGUCAUAAGAGGAAAGAUGUUGUGGUUGGAGGGAAGGCGAUGAAGAUGUUGAUGGGGAUGGAGGAGGUGAGGAACGCUGGGAAUUAUGUUGUGUCUUCGAAGGUGUAUGCUGAGAUGAAGAUGUGGGAUAAAUGUGCGGAGAUGAGGGUGGCUAUGAGAGAAAGAGGCGUUGUUAAGACACCAGGAUGUAGCUGGAUUGAGAUGGAGGGUGAGAUGAUGGAGUUUAAUGCCGGAAGCGAUGUUUUACAGUGUGGCAGGGAAGAUGUUGGGUCGUUGUUGGGUUUGUUGGUAGAGGAGAUGACGAAGGAAAGGUUUGAUUUUCCCGUGGGAGUUUGUUUUCAUACCCACAAAGGAUGACGAGAGGCUGCUCCAUAAUGUCCUCGCUGGAGCUGCUAUUCCAUUCUGUUUAUAUUUAACCGCUCUCAUUCGUCUCCAGAUCCCACACUAGCCAUGUAAGUCCUUGUACUACUCCUAGUCCAUUGCAGCGAUGAUGAUAUUUAGAAUGCUCCUUAGGAAGAGAUACACACUAGAACCAACUUUUCAUUUACAGGAGGGACUAUAAACAUGUUGAAAACAUGAAUCUCAAAGAGGUUUCUAUCUCAAACUUGUUAAAUAGUUACAACACGCGACUCAUAUCGAGAAUAGAGAUUUGUUAUCGGGAAUCAGUUAUUUCUGAAGCUUGCCGAAUGAAGAACCUUUGGUCCAAUUAGAACCAGAGAAGUUUCAGAAGUGUUGAAAGUGAAGCAUCAUAGGACUUCAACCCGCUUCUUUCUUUUCUGCUGUAGUUUUGCCAUGAGUUUUUCAUUAUAUAGUUUCAUUUGCCUUUUUGUUCGGCUGUACUGCUACAAUUUGUCACAAAAUACAGAACAUAUAUACAUCCUCUGCAAUUGCGUGAA